CGGAAGUGGCCACGCAAGCGACAGGAAUCACAACAUUGAAUUUGAAGUCUCUCUACUCCUGCAAAUAUCGUUUAAUUCGAAAUAUUUAAUUUCGCCUUUUUCGAUGCCGACUGUUUCUAUGUAUCCCGGAGAAGCGGAAGUUGCUGAAAAAAUAAAAAAAUCCGCGUGCAGUUCUUUGAAAACAUGUUUGUUUCGGGUCGAUGUGGAAGCUAGCAACUAGCAUUAGCUAGCAAAUGGCUUCUCGGCUGUGAUGUCUGUCACUUUGAGAGAUGACAAGACGACGAUCAAAAUAAUCGUGAAGCUGCUGGGAGUCUGUGACCUGUACAGUGAGACCGUUAGCUAACAGCAUGUGACUCGACAAGCUCUCAGAAAGUUGGUUAAGAUAUCGAGAUGCCUCGUCUGGAAGAGCUGGCCAACGUUGCCCUGAGGGUGCCGAGCAUCCUGGUGCUGGACCUGCUGUACAAAUGUGACAUUGAAGGCCUCACGGAGCACCUCAAAGCCAAAAAUGAGGACAUGCUCUUCAAAUACAAAUAUGUCAUCUGGAACAUGUACUACCUAGGUCAUCUGAUAAACGUGGUGGUGUUGGUUCUGCCGUUGAGACACAUUGUGACGCUCUACCUCCACAUCCUCGCUGCCCUCCUCCUCUACAUGGGGCAUCAGAUUUCCAAGGAUUAUGUCCGUGAGGAGCUGCAGUACGGUUAUGAUGGAGCCGUGUACCUUGAUUCUUUGGCCUUCAACAGAUUUGUAUCAGCGAUGACUAGUCAGAUUAUCCUCAGCACGCUGUGUGCCUUCCUGAUGAAGACCAGAAAGGUGUGGCUGUUCUCCGCUCACAUGCUCCCCUUGCUGGCCCGACUCUGCGCCGCUCCUCACCCCACGCUGCUGACGGUCAACACCUUCUCCAUGGGCCUGACCGCGGUUUGCAUCGUCGUGUUCCUCCUCUCCAACCUCUUCGUGCCGUAUCGCCUGGCGAGGGCUGCCUACUCGGAGCUGCUUCACCUGGAGGUGAUCGAGCUGUACAGGCUCCUGGCCGUGGGAAUCUCCCUGUGGAACCAGUUUGCCGUCCCGGUUCUCUUCAGCGUCUUCUGGUUUGUUCUGUUCAUCGUCCAGCUGUUCUCGUUCACCGUGUCUGCCAACGCCUCCGCAGCCCAUCAGGGAAUCAUGUUCUUCCUGCUCACAAGUGUCUCUGAAUGUUGUGCCACGCCGUACUCUCUGCUGGGUCUCACCUUCGUCGUGUCCUAUCUGGCUCUCGGUCUGCUCAAUCUAUGCAAGUUCUACCUGGGAGGUUACGCAGCUGUUCAGAACGAGAACGUCAUGCACAGAGGUGUGACCGAGGGCGUCACUCUGCUCCUGCUCGCCCUUCAAACCGGCCUGCUGGACAUGCAGGCCCUGCAGCGCACCUUCCUCCUCAGCAUCAUCCUCUUCAUUGUUGUGACUUCAACCUUGCAGUCAAUGAUAGAAAUAACUGACCCAGUUAUUUUAGCCCUCGGUGCGUCACGCAACAGGAGUCUGUGGAAACACUUCAGAGGCCUCAGCAUGUGUCUGCUGCUGCUGGUUUUCCCGGUGUUCAUGGCUUAUAAAAUCUCCCAGUUCUUCCACAUGGACUUCUGGCUCCUCAUACUGGUUUCCAGCUGCAUGCUGACCUCCCUUCAGGUUACGGGCACCAUGCUGAUUUACUCGCUCUUCAUGGUGGAGCUGUUUCGCAGCGACCCGAUCGAGAGCCUGGACGAAGUCAUCUACUGGGUGAACGCCGUGAGCCGGGUGCUGGAGUUCGUGGUGGCGCUCUGCGUGGUGGCGUACGGGACCUGGGAGUCGCUGUUCGGGGAGUGGAGCUGGAUGGGCGCCUCCGUCAUCAUCAUCCACUCGUACUUCAACGUUUGGCUCAGGGCUCAGUCCGGCUGGAGGAGCUUCCUCCUCAGGCAGGAAGCGGCAAAGAAGAUCAACUCCCUCCCCAGAGCCACGGCUCAGCAGCUGCAGCAGCACAACGACGUCUGCUCCAUCUGCUUCCAGGAAAUGAGCUCUGCCGUGUUGACGUACUGCGGACAUUUCUUCCACGGCAACUGCCUCCGUAAGUGGCUGUACGUGCAGGAAACGUGCCCCAUGUGUCACCAGAAGGUCCGGCCGACGUCGUCGGGGCAGGAGAGCCAGAGCGAGGCCUACGGUGACGGGCCUCCGCCUCAGAGAGACGCAGAUCCAGAUCCAGAUCCAGGUCCGGCUGCAGAGGGAGGAGAAGACCUGAACCCGGACGGUGACGCCGCUCGGGAGCUGCAGAGGGACGAUGAAGCUGCUGAUCCCACGGAGGAGGAGGAGCAGCAGCAGCAGGAGGAGGAGGAGGAGGAGGAGGAGGAGGAAGGAUAUGGAGAUGGAGAACAUGAGGACACGCCGGCUGAUCCUCACAGUGAAGCUGUCCAAGGUCUUUGUUUCAGCUCCAGUGGAGACUUGGUUGGAUUUAUGGACCCUGCGGCUUCAGGAGACGUUUCUAGUUCCCACGUGCAGCUGGUUAAAACCCCUGACGCGCUCGGGGAGGAGAGCGGCAAAGACUCACCGCUGCCAUCGACUCACGAAGCUGCAGACUCUGAAUUAGCAGAAGCAGGGGACGGUGUUGCCUUCAGUCGUCGCUGCGAUGGGACGUCUAAAUCACGCUUCCAUUCGCCGGCGUCGAACAGUACUGACAGAAGCAAAGACGGCGUGUCGGGGAGCCCCUUCGAUAGCCAGACACGUGUCAGAUCACGCAAUCAGAACUCAGACUGCCACGACCAUCAUCACAAUCACAAGGUUAACAGCACAUAUUCGGACAGGCUCAGAGAGUCCGAGCCACAGCUACUCCAGCUGUCGUCCUCAGACGUUUGCACAAGCACAGACGGCAGCGAGUGACUGCCCUGCAUCAGUGCCUUGAAGGGUUUACAGUCGGGAAAUCUCAUUAAUGGGGACUUAAACACAUUUGCCUUUCUCCAUGUGAAAGAAUUACCAGACACUUUGAAUGAAUGUGCUUCGGUUUCAGCAAAUAACACGUCUGGACACGAACGUGAGACUAAAUUGUGGUGUACAACUGUAAAGGAAAAUAAGAAUAUAAUUAAUAUGGAAUUUAAAAAAAAAUCAUGUGUAAUAUAAAGCAAUGCAUCAAUAUUUAAUUACUUCUAGCAGGUCAAUGAUGUUUACUCAGAGAUAAUGCAUUUGAUUUCUUCAUUUAAAUUUUUUUUUUUGUUUUUGUCCUUGUAGUUUUCAUGUGUAGCAUUUUAUGAAGUAGGAAAACGGAAGUUGUUCAUGAAUCAAACUUUUCGAAUGUUCAUCCAGUAUUACAUGACUGCCAUGAAGUUUUUUUUUUUUUUUUUUUUUUACAUCUUUAUUAAACAUGACAUGUGCACAGAGCGGGCGACAUUUUGUGUUAUGAUUAAAAAGUGUGAAGAGAACAUCAGUUUUGGGGCCUUAAGCUGAGACAGACUAAAUAACGUUUGUUGGUCUGAAGAUUCAGAUUUUCUUUUUAAUGUCUUUGCUGAUGUUAAAUUUAAAUAUAGACAGGUUUACAGUGCUUUUAAGUGGCUCUUAGUUUGCUAUUUUAACCUAAUGAUCUUAAACUAGAAAGCAAAUAUAGGAAAAGCCCUAAAAAAAAAAAGCAGGCCAGAGUUACGGUAAUAAAGUAGAAUCCACCUGAAGGCCCUUAUUGUGUGGUCUCUAAACAAACAGACUGGGGAAGCGACUGAAGACUAUCGUCAUCAAUAAUUAACAGUUUUGACAGUAAACCGUAAUAAAGAAAAAUGCCCACAACUUCCUGGAACCUAAAUUAGCACAUCACAUUCAAACUGCUUUCGAUACAAACCAAAAAUGAUUCAAACAAGGUUUGAGGAGAAUCAGCUGAUGAUAUAUUUUAAAAUUAACUUGUGUACCAGGCUCUAAAUAAGACUAAUGUUUAGAUCUGUUCCUGUGCAAAAACACAAAUUACAAGCACUAUAAUAUGGUCAAUACGUCAAUAACGUUGCUAAUUACAGACGUUUUUCCAGCUUGGAGUCGUCUUCUUUU